AUGAAAAAGAUUAAUGUUUUUGUAGUUCCUAUUCAUGGGACAGUUCUCUAUCCUUACUAAAACUUGAAACUCAGAUUAACAGAUUUGUAGUUCUAUGACGCCAAAGUAAAUAAUAACUAUGUCGCUAUUAUACCGGUUGUCGAUCAACAAAUCGAUGGGAUUCAAAGAAUUCAAAGAUUUAGUCAGUAUGGCACUUUGGUGAGACUGACAAGUGAAGACUAUACGUAUUAAUUUUAUCGACUAGCAUUAGUGUAUAUGCUUCAAAUAAAAUUUACCAAGCUUUUUCAUUUGCUAGAAUCAAAAUAGAUUCUAUAAUAAAAUCUACUCCCUAUUAUAUGAUUUCUGCAGAAGUUUUGAGUGAUGAAAUUGUUGAUGAAUAAACAUUAUGGAGCAGUUAAAUAAUCGACAAUUUAAAGGGAUUAGCCAAAGUAAGAAUUUUGGAUAAUUUUAGCAAUAUCUAGAAUAAUUCCAAAUGAAUCCAAGUCCAUAGUUCCUAUAAAUCAUAUAGGAAGAGAAAAAUAUCAAUAAGUUGUUCUUUAUGAUAGCCACUAAUGCUGACUUUCAUUAUAGUUAGAAACUCAAAUUAUUGUAGAUUGAUGAUCAUAACACAAAGAUCACUUUAUUGAUACAAUAUCUAAAAACUAAGGUUGAAGAGUUUGCUUAAACAAAAGCUCUGGAAUAGAAAGUAUCAAAGGAUCUCAUGCAAUAAAUGAAUAAAUAGGCAAGUAAAACUAAUAAUCAAUCUGCUAAUCUCCCAGGAUUUUCAUAUAAAAAAUAGAAGAAUAAUGAUAUUGAGAAGUUAUAAGCCAAAGUUAAAGAAGCCAAUUUACCAGAUCAUGUUAGAGAAAUUGUAGAGUAAGAAAUGUAAAAAAUAGAAAAAGGAUCUAUGGGAGUAGAUUCAAAUGUUACUAGGAAUUAUAUUGAUCUAAUACUUCAAUUACCAUGGAAUUAAUAAGUUGAAGAAACUUUGAGUAUUGAAAAAUGCAAAGAAACACUUGAUGCAGAUCACUUUGGAUUAACUAAAGUAAAAGAGAGAAUAUUAUAAUUCUUGGCUGUGAAGAAGUUAAGAAAGGAGAGGAAAAUAACUGAUUCCAAUGGUUAAGGAUCGAUAAUAUGUUUCUUCGGACCUCCUGGUGUUGGUAAAACUUCACUUGGUCAAAGUAUUGCCAAAUCUCUGAACCGUCCUUUUUAUAGAAUUGCCUUGGGUGGAGUAUCCGAUGAAGCACAAAUCAGAGGACAUAGACGUACUUAUGUUGGAGCAUUUCCAGGAUCCCUUAUUUAGGCUAUCAAAAAAGUGAAAUGCAAAAAUCCAGUGAUAUUAUUGGAUGAGAUUGACAAAUUGACAUCCAAUCAUAGAGGUGAUCCUAGUUCAGCCUUAUUGGAAGUCCUAGAUCCUGAGUAAAAUAGUCAUUUUAUGGACAAUUAUUUGAACAUUGAAUUUGAUUUAAGCGGUGUAUUAUUUAUAGCGACAGCCAAUCAAUUAGAAACUAUUCAACCAGCAUUAAGGGAUCGUUUAGAAUUAAUAGAAAUUGUUGGUUAUACAGUAAAAGAGAAAGUAGCUAUUGCUAACAACUAUUUGAUACCUAAAUAACUUUAAAAAAAUGGACUUGUAAAUGAAUAAGUUACGAUACCUUAGGAAAUUAUUCAUUCAAUAAUAAAAUAGCACACUAAUGAGGCAGGUGUCAGAUAAUUGGAAAGAGUGAUAGCGAAGAUUUAUAGAAAUAUUGCUCUUAAGUAUGUAACAGAUUAGUAAAAUUUCAAAACAAUCGUUGUAGAUUAGGAAGGUUUAAUAGAAAUCUUAGGUCCAUCUAUGCUUUCAGAUAAGCAUACAACUCCUUUGAUAUCUAUUCCUGGCGUAUGUAAAGGAUUGGCAUGGACUCCUGCAGGAGGGAAAGUAUUAAUGAUUGAAUCAGUGAAAAUGGAAGGCAAAGGAAAAUUUGAGAUUACUGGUAUGUUAGGAGAUGUAAUGAAGGAAAGCGUAAGAACAGCAAUUGGAUGGAUUAAAGCAUAUUGGCCAUAAAUUAAAAUGUUAAGCAAAUUAAACUCACAUGUUAAUUUCGAUGCUCUUGAUAUUCAUGUAAGUUAUAUUUAGAUUACAAUUAAAGAUUCAUUUCCCUGCUGGUGCAACACCAAAAGAUGGACCAUCAGCAGGAGUAGCCAUAACAACUGCGAUAGUAUCAUUACUAACAGGAUUGAAGGUUAAAAGUGAUAUUGCAAUGACAGGUGAAAUUACAUUGACAGGGAGAGUGUUACCAGUUGGAGGUAUAAAAGAGAAAAUUCUUGGAGCUUUUGAGAGUGGAAUAUUUAGGUAGAGACAUAUCUAAAUUCUAGUGUCAUAAUCCCGCAUAGGAAUAAGGCAAAUUUGAUAGAUGUGGAGGCUGAAAUAAGAGAGAAGAUGUCUAUUCAUUUGGUGAAGACUAUAGAUCAGGUACUUCAAAUAGCUUUGGAAGGGAAUGGUCCCAAUUUCAAAAUGAUUAAUUUAGCUAAUUUGUGA